CAGCUCCAGAUCCUGGGGACUGCACGGCUGGCCGGUGGCUCGCGGCUUGGCCCGGUGCAGGGAGAGACACGGAGACACAGCAGCACAGAGUCCCUGCAUACGGAGCUCACCGACAUGGUCCCUGGGUGCAUGCCAGCAACAGGAUCCCUGCACCGCACCUCCUGAGAGACGCCAGCCAGGCCAAGUGUGGACACUAGGGUGCGGGCAGCUAGUGGCAUGGAGCUCCCUGAGGUGGAGGACAACGCGGAGUUCCUGGAGCGGCUGAUGGAGGUGACCUCGCGCCGCCUGCCCCAGCUGGAGCUACAGGAGCAAUACACCAUCAUCAAGGAGCUGGGCAGGGGCACCUACGGCAACGUGCUGCUGGCAGAGCACCGGGAGCAAGGCACGGCCCUGGCGUUGAAGCUGAUGCCAAAGGAGAGGACGGAGCGGCGGGCGUUCCUGCGGGAGUACUGCAUUGCGCUCUGCCUGUCUGCCCACGCCGGAUUCCUGCGCACUCUGCCCAUUGUCUUCGAGAGCCCCACCCACUUUGCCUUUGCCCAGGAACUCGCGCCCGCUGGGGACCUGUGUGCCAUCGUGCAUGACGGGGAGGGUCUCCCAGAAGCCCAGGUGAAGCGCUGUGCAGCCCAACUGGCUGAGGCCCUGGACUUCAUGCACGGCAAAGCCCUGGUGCACCGGGACAUCAAGCUGGACAACGUGCUGCUCUUCGACUGCGAGUGCCGGCGGGUGAAGCUGGGCGACUUCGGGCUGACGCGGCUGGAGGGCACGCCCGUCUGCGCCAUGUCGGGCACUCUGCCCUACGCGCCGCCCGAGCUCUGCCUGCUCGAGGCCUCGGAGACGCUGGAGCUGGACGCCAGCCUGGACGUGUGGGCCUUCGGGGUGCUGCUCUUCUGCCUUGGCACCGGCUGCUUCCCCUGGGACGUGGCUGUCAGCCCCGACCCGCAGUUUGAGGAGUUCGGCGCCUGGCAGAACAGCACGGUUCCGGGGGAGGUGCCGGCACCCUGGAGGGCUUUCAGCACCGCCGCCCAGGAGAUGUUCCGGCGGCUGCUGACCCUCGACCCCAACCGCCGCAGCCCAGCCAUCGAGGUGCACAAGUACCUGCCCCUGGUCUGGCUGGCAAGCAGCCUCCGGGAGCUGGAUGGUGCCGGGGGCCUGGGGGGCCAGGGGCACAGCCAGAGCCUGGCCGGAGAGCAGCACAGUCAGGAACACCCCCGAAGCAGCCCAGGUGCUGCCUGCAGCACAGCCCCCCGCACCGAGAGCUCUGCCCAGGCUGCGGGGGGCAGGCCCCAGUCCAAAUUGGGAAAAGAGGUGGGGGGAGGGGAGGAAGGAGCAGAGGAAAAGGGAGGAGGCACUGGCAGGAGCGGAGGGGGAGGGAAGCCAGCACCCCCUGCCAUAGCUUCCACCUCCUGCCACCCCUCUGUCUCCUCGGCCCCCAUCCCGAUCAGUUCCUGCUGA